AUGACUCCGCAAGACUACCUCGCUUCCCCAUUCUACCCCGCCGACCAAGAAUCCCUCAAAUCUCGCCGCGCUGCCAACGACCCCUUUGGCGAAAAAGACGUACUUGCUAUCGGAGAUAAUUACAAAAACACAGUCCACUGGCCGUCAAGAAAUGAGACAAUGAAAGAGAAACGUUUGCAAAGGAUGAAAGAAGUUUUGGAACAGGAGUUUAAAGAUAAAGAAGGAAUUGAGAAAGACUUGACGUUGGAAGAGGUUGAUGAGAUCUUGGAGGGUAGGAAGGCGGUUGUACGUGCUGAAGAGGAGAAAAAACGGGCUGAAGAGGCCGCUCAACGCGCUAAAACGGUUUUACCUAUCUAUGAAGCUAAAAGUGGCUUGCACGUUGCGAAUGCUGAAGUCGUUGGGAGACCUCUGAGAGGUAGAGGACGAGGCCGCCCCCGUGGUCGUGGUCGUGGUCGUGGCUCGACUACACGCGCCGCGGCUACAGCUGCGGCCGGCGGAUCUGAUAGGGGCCAAUUACUAGCUCUCCCAACCGGCAGCCAGAGUUCGUCGCCGCCUAGUUCUCGAAGAAAAGGUAGCAGGGGAAGAGGGGGUCGCGAGAACCUCCUACCCCGACCUUAG